GAUGAGAAACAAUGCAGGACCACACAUUCAUUUUUUAUUAUCGGCAAUCAUCUUCUAUAUAUGAUUAUACAGAGAGGAGAAGAUUUAUAGCUGGGGCGAGAGCUAAAGUACAUGGUCAUGGCAAUUGAUCUGUCAAGGAUCUCUGUCCGGCCAUUCAAGGCAAGUGAAGAUGUUGACGAUGUAUUGUUAUGGUUGGGAGAUGCUAGAGUGACUCAGAACACACGAUUAAAGACCUGUGGGUCCAGGUCAGAGGCUUUGACAUUCCUGAAAGAUGAGUGUGUUCACCCCUUACGCCGGUCAAUAUGCCUUGAUGAUCGUUCCAUAGGGAUUGUUUGGGUGCUUCCUUAUUCGGGUGAUGAAAGGUACAAAGCUGACUUGGGAUAUGCCUUAGGGUUCAACUGUUGGGGCAAUGGGAUAGCCACUAAGGCAGUGAAGAUUGUUUUGUCCCAAGUCUUCCAUGAUUUCCCUCACUUGAGAAGGUUGCAAGCUUAUACUUAUUUGCGCCACAAGGCUUCCCAGAGGGUGUUGGAGAAGGUUGGGUUCCAUAGGGAGGGGAUAGCCACAGAUUUGUACUUUCCGGGGAAGAGUGAUGAUUGCUAUAUUUUUAGAUUUUUGUCAACAGAUGAAAUUCCUUCUGUGAUUGUUUAAUUAGUAAUUGGUAAUAAGUGGACAUGUUUAUCUCUUUUGCUGCAUUUGGUACAACUAUUGCAAUAUAAUUUGUUUUUUGAGCAA